UUAUAAGUGCAGCAAACCAGUACAAUUCCGAUGUACUCGUACUUUAUUUGAGUUUGUCCAUUUCAUGCGGCUUAAUAUUUCCACUGCACAACACGUCAUAGGUAAACGUUGGACUUUUUACUCUAACAAAUGAAAGCACUGGAUGUUUUAAUGUGAAAAGAGAAGCGUGUUCGCCUCUCAGACUGACCCCUCUGCGGCGAGGGGAUAGAAGGGGUUUGAACACUUCCUCUGCUGCCUGUGUUCUGAGAUACCGUAAAGCAGCGGGGCUAGCCGCUGUACGCAUGCGCGUCCUCUCCCUCCCGUCGGUGACUCAUCUCGACAUUUAAACACUCUCUGCUGAAGCUAAGUUAGCCAGGUAGCUCGGGGCUCCAGCGCCACAUCGCCGUCUGCUCGUUCACGGCCGCCCUCUCCCUCGGCGCGCGAGCAGCUGGGUCAGAGUCGGUGUCGGCCCCCUGUCGGUGUUCGAGAACAUGAGCGUCGCGGCGGGGACGUGCUGUGUGCGGUCGCUGCUGUUCACGGAGCUCGCUUGCCUCUCGCCCGUUUCCGCCCAUUAGCAUCACCGCCCCGCCGGCAGCGAUGUACAAGGAGGGGGACGAGGCGCAGGUCGACUGCGGCUCGCGGGACGAGUGGACGCUGCUGCUGUGGACCUCUCUGGCCAUCGUCGUGCCGGUCGUCAUCACGCUGUGGUGCAGCGCCCAGCGCUCCAAGCGGAAGACGCACAUGAAGGACUUCUUUCGCAAGAGCAAGCACGACUGGCACGACACGGACCUGUUCAACAAGCCCACCUACUGCUGCGUCUGUGGCCAGCACAUCCUGCUCGGGGCUUUCUGCGACUGCUGCGGCGUGUGCGCCGACGAGCAGUGCCUGCGCCGCGCCGACCGCAGCCUGCCGUGCAAGGAGAUCAUGGCCCCCUGCGGCGCCGGCGGGGCCAUGGCGCACAGCUGGGUCCGCGGGAACGUCCCCCUCGCCAGCUACUGUGCGGUGUGCAAGCAGCAGUGCGGGAGCCAGCCGAAGCUCUGCGACUUCAGGUGUGUGUGGUGUCAGACCACGGUGCACGACGACUGCAUGGACAGCCUGGCGGACGCCGACCUGUGUGACCUGGGCGAGUUCCACAGCCUCAUCAUCCCUCCUCACUACCUCUACCGCGUCAACAAGCUCCGCCGCAGGCAUCCAGACGAGUACAGCAAGCUGGCGGCUUCCUGCGGCAGUGGCUGGACUCCAGUGUUGGUCUUGGCUAACACGCGCAGCGGCAACAACAUGGGCGAGGCACUGCUGGGGGAAUUUCGUACCAUCCUCAACCCAGUGCAGGUGUUUGACUUGUCAGAGCUGCCUCCUUCCAAAGCCCUCCAGCUGUGCACCCUCCUGCCGCCCGGCAGCGUCCGGGUGCUUGUGUGUGGAGGUGAUGGCACAGUGGGCUGGGUGCUGGAUGCCAUCGAUGCUAUGAAGCUUAAGAGCCAAGACCAGUUCAUCCCAAGGGUGACCAUCCUGCCCCUGGGGACAGGAAAUGACCUUUCCAACACUCUGGGCUGGAGCGCUGGCUACGCUGGAGAGAUCCCUGUGGAACAGGUCCUCCGUAACAUCCUGGAUGCGGAGGUGGUCAAAAUGGACAGAUGGAAAGUACAGGUGGCUUCAAAAGGCCUAUACUUUCGUAAACCAAAGGUUCUGUCCAUGAACAACUACUUCUCUGUGGGGCCUGACGCUCUGAUGGCGCUGAACUUCCACACACACCGUGAGAAAACACCCUCCUUCUUCUCCAGCCGCAUCAUCAACAAGGCUGUAUAUUUCCUGUAUGGCACCAAAGAUUGUUUAGUGCAGGAAUGUAAGGAUCUGGAUAAGAGGAUUGAGUUGGAGUUGGAUGGGGAGAGGGUGGUGCUGCCCAGUCUGGAGGGCAUCAUCGUUUGUAACAUUGGCUACUGGGGUGGAGGCUGCAGACUCUGGGAAGGUAUGGGGGAUGAGCCCUGCCCCCCCACACGAUUGGACGAUGGCCUGCUGGAGGUGGUGGGUGUGUAUGGCUCCUUCCACUGUGCACAGAUCCAGGUCAAGCUGGCUAACCCUGUACGGCUGGGACAGGCCCACACCGUCAGGCUGGUUCUCAAGAGCUCCAAGAUGCCCAUGCAGGUGGAUGGGGAGCCAUGGGCCCAGGGCCCCUGCACCAUCACCAUCACCCAUAAGACCCAAGCCCUCAUGCUGUAUCACAGCGCAGAGCAGACGGACGAUGACGAGGACGAAUCCAGCGCCUCCGAGACAGAGAGCCCCACCCCUCACGACUCACCCAGGCCCCCGGGGCCAGCCUCCACUCGUGCCUGACCCAACCCCGAACAUCAUGUGAUAUGAGGCUCUUCUCUUCUUUUCCUCGUUCCCCUCUUCUUUCUUCAGCCCAAUUUCUGUUAACCCCUCGUCUGUAGGAUCUUUGUGUGCACUCUAUCCUCAAGUCACGUUUAAGAGAAUAGAUAGUCUUAAUUUUCCUGUCACAAUUUUCAGAAAGAUCGCAGGGGUUAGAAAAAGUUGUUUCUAAUUGGGAUGUGUGUUAGUUGUUUUUUUUAGGCUAUACACACACACACACACACACACACACACACACACACACACACACACACACACACACACACACACACACACACACACACACACACACACACACACACACACACACACACACUCACACUCUGUAACCCAGAGCUCAGGCAGUGUCCCCUCCUCAGGUUGGGCGUUCAGGAGGAGGUGAAUGUUAUGGAGAAAAAAUGCUGUUUAUUUGCACUGAUCCCUUGUGCCAUAGAUGUAUCUAUUGUCAACUAUACUUUAUUUACAAUUUAAUGCCCACUGCAGCCCUGCGGUUGUCAGUGGUCCACUUUUGGCAAGUUGCCCCCCUCAAAGCCAUAUCUAAAUCAUCAGCUGGUGGUGACGCUGUAACACAGGAGAGAGACGUUCUGUUGAGUGUCUAGCGGAGGUUUAUCUGAAGGUAGCCUACACGCAAAGCUUUAUCGUUCAUCAAUUCAACCAUUUGUCACACAAAAAGCACAAACAACACGCAGAAUUUAUCUCCCCCUGCACGCAAACAAUCAGAGUUCCAGUGGGUGAUGAGUGAAACGUUAAAAUGCACAUCUGUUAAAUUCCACUGUCGGGCUCCUUGUCAAUGGUGAGAGUUUUCUUUUGUUUUUAGGGUCGUCUGUAUUUGUCACCCAGGGUAAUGUUGGCGCAGGCUAAAAAGUCUCUGAAUCGCAAUGAAGCAAGAGCUUUGUUACACCUGUAAUGUGCUGUCAGUCACUGGACAUCCAUGUUGUUUGCCACCUGCUGGAUUGCACUAAGCUACAAUCUCUAAACUAUAUUUAGCUUGACCAUAAGAGCCACAGCAAACAGGCUGACUAAUUGAGGAUUGUUUUGAAAGUGCUGCCAAGCGACUGUUGUUCAGAGAAAUGUAAAACCUGUUCCUGUCUUCUUUUCCCCCAGAGUUUCCCCUGUUGACAUACUGUAUUUUGUGUUUUGGCACUUGCACUGACAAACACCUUACACUGCUUAAAACGUAGGUUACAUAAGUGAAACCAUAAUGCCGACCUUAUGUUGCCGCCGAUUGUGAUAACUGCUGAUGAGAUUACACUAUCGCUGUCAUGUUAUUUAGAGCUAUUUUAUAUUAUUCAUGAUGUACUGUCGUAUAUCCUCGUGUUUUACCGAAUAGUCACCACAAGGUGGCAGACUAACGACAGCAUUUUCUGUAGAGAGGCCAUGUAGAGUUGGCCUUCGACUCAAACCCCCUCCGUUCCCUAUUAUUAACUUGCGUGUACUUUUUUGUGUUGUGUUGACACAACAUAGAUCUACUUGUUAUACAUCAUUCCUGUAUUCCACAAAGUGUGUUUGUGUUCGCAAAACGGCCUUCCUGUAGGGAAAUUCAUUUUGCCAUUUGCGGUGGUCCUGUCUAUUUGCCGAAUGCCAUACGAGAAAAGCUCCUGUAAAAUGUUAGUUUAAGCUUUCCGAAGAACCUGGAGCAAACCUGCUGCUAAUGGGCCUGAACAGGGAUCAGUUUUUAGCCACACGAUCUCUUUGGCAGGUAACCAGGUCGUGGUGUCGUUACCCUCCGUUAGUUUGGUGAAUGCCUUCUUGCUCAAGGACACCUGUUUGACCUUUAACCCUGCCAUCCAUGUUUACUAGGCUUGUAUUGUAUUGUAAUGUGUUGCACUGAAUUUGUUUGAGGGGGACAGUAGGCAAUUUUCUCUCUUUAUUGUUGUUCAUGAUUUCCUGCUCAGGCCAGGGCCGCGAACCUGCGACUUUGGGUGUGGGAGACUGACGCGCUAACCACUAGGCUAAAAGCCCUGUGUUGCAGCGCCACCCACUAGCACGUCUCUUGAAGGGAUAGUUCAGUGAUUUUGAAGUGCGGUUGUAUGAGUUACUUAUGCAUAGUUAAUAUGUUACCUUAUGGAGAUGGUGAUCAGCGAUGUCAUUUCAUGGAGUUUGGAGAAGUAGAAAUAGAGAAAGUGAGAGCUGCGGUAGCUCUGAGUGGAAUAGCUGAUAUGUGGAGUGAUACGCUGAUUCUCUGCACCGGCGCAAUAAUACAUGGCCGAAGUACGCUUGAAAAAAAACGUGCAAACUUAAACGGUUGUCUGAAGGCAAAGUAAAUCAGUACAAUUGAACAGAUUUUUUUUUUUUAGGUAACGUUUAAAAAUAUGCCGAAAAAGGCGUUUGUCGGUGGUCCCCUCUGCAACAGUGGGACUCAGACUUUCGCUGCUUCCACUUCUCCUCCAAACACCGUAAAAUGACAUCGCUGAUCACAUCUCCAUAAGGUAACAUUAACUAUACAUAAGUAACUCCUACAACCCCACUUCAAAAUCACUGAACUAUCCCUUUAAGGUGUCAACGAGUGAUGUUUACAAACUGCCCUCGCAGUGUUGUGUGGUGCGGUCCGAGCCAUUUGUUUUGUUGUAGAUUACAGCUCGCGGAGCGUGAGGAAAUAAUCGCAGAUUUUUUUUUUCAAAACAUGUAUUGCUUUAGAAUCGCUUACUGCUCCUUUAAAUGUAACUGGGGUUAAAUGGCAGGUUUUUCAAACACAAUAGCUAGAUAAUAUCUUGGUUACUGUAGGACUGAUUGUUUUGCAAUGUGGUAUAUUGAUGCGAUCGAAUCCUAAUGAUUUUGUUGAGCCUCUGAUUUUUAUUUUGAGUAUUUAAUUUGCGCUUGUCAAACCCUUCACGUCUCUGUAAUACACCAGAAGUACCGACCAAAUGUCUCCCAGUCUCAGCUGUAGUUUGAGACUGUUAGAUUGCAUGCUAAUGCACUAAAUAUAAGCAUUACACUUCACAGCAACAUGCCAACUCUCUAGCUUUCAGCUCAAAUCAGAUCUGAAUACAGCAAAAAUAUUUAAAAAAUACAGCAUGAAGCUGCACAAGUAAAUAUUUUUUGGUUGCUUAUAGUAACAAACCCAGACCUAAUUAUCACCUAUUGCAGUUCCCCUCACAAUUUCUAGUCCAUAAUUGCUAAACCAAAGGUUGCUAUAGGUGGGGUAGAUGGAUAUGACUGUCAGUUUAUUGUUAUUAUACUUACCUUGGAGAAUAAAAAACGGUAUUUUUGUAGACUAAAUUUGGCAAGAGCCAGGGUCAAAUACAGUAUUCACGAUUGAAAUCAGAUCGUUACUGGUCUUCUGCACUGACAAUUCUGUUGAUACUCGCUACAUUGUGCAUACCAAAAUGUGUCCAUUAUUAUUAAAGGCUUUGUUUAGAUCUAUUGGCAGAAAUGUAAUAUAAUAUUCAUUUUAGUUUAAAAAAAAAAAAUGAAUUGUUGUUUUUGUUACCUUGGAAUGGGCCCAUCCGGGAGAGGGUCCUCUUCCGCAGAGUCUGCCAUGUCUCUACUAAGCCCAGAAAGGACAAACCAAACACUCGUUCUAGAGAGGGCCUUUUGCAUUUUUAGGUAUCCUGAAGGCCGCCACAGGUUUUCCUUAAUGCUUGAGAAGGGAGGGAUGAGGGGAGGGGUAUUCGUGGUUUGCAAUCUACGCCCUCACAGCUACGCCCUCUUUCUGUCAAAUGUUUGUUAAAACAACAGAAUCCUAAAGGCUGAUAAAAGUAUGUAGAAAAACAUGAAAAUUUAGUUUUUUUUCUAUGACACGGUCUUAAGUAGCCUUAUGUGGCCUCUGCGAAACACAAUUGAAAAUCCAGAGACAUUGUGUCUAGAAGAAAAUAAGCUUUUAUUGCUAAACCCUCGUGAAAAUCAGAGAUGUUUACAGAAAUGGUUGUACAGAGAAAUUGCACCCACAGCCGACAACAAAUGAUUUUGAUUGAACUGAAUGUACACUAGCGAUCUUAAGUUUGAAGUGAAAUGUUUUCAUAAUCCACGUGUGUUCUAAUUAUAUAAAAUUUUAAACCAUCACAUUA